GAGAACCUCCGUCGUACACAGGAAGUGAAAUUAUCAGCUGACCCUGCUGGCUGUUGUUGAUGCCUGAAGUUACUGUUGUUUGGGCACUGUGUUGCUCUUAUCUGCUCCUGACAUUGAAGACACAUUAAACCCGAGAGAGGGACACGGUGGGCAUUUACCCGCUGACGAGUUCAUGCGCAACUAGAGAAACUUGUCAUCGUGAGGACUUCCAAUUUACGCACUAGCGGCAGAAAAGCUAGCUCCAAAGCUUAAACCGUCGGUGGAAGGAAGAAAGAAAAUCAGCAAAGACAGCCGACGGCUUGGCGUGCUUUCUUUGUUCAUGUCGCGCCAGUGUGAACUACAAUAUUAAUUUUCUGUGUCUUGAAUUUAGAAUUUUGUCUGCGUAGACGUUAUUUAUAUUUAUACUUCUUUACCAGUAGGCGAAAAGGGCAGCUAGCUCUGCAGCUACCGUUAGCCCAUAGCGCAAAGAAACAAGUCUUGUUGUCAAGCUUUGAUAACGAAGCGACAGAUAACGAAAGCUAACAGCGUGAAUAGUCAAGUUUGGAAGAAUUAUUUCUGUGUCUCUUUAUUUUUUAGCUGUUAGUCACUGGAUCAGGUGCUCUGAAGGUAUUUUGGAUACACAGGACACAGCACUGUAGCCGAUUAAGCUGAUGUUAGUUAUUAAAUUGAAGCCUGUUGGACAGGUUCGAUCUAUCUGCUUUUUUGUUGACUUUAAAUUAAGUUAAUUGAGGUUGGGUUUUUUCUGUAUCGAUUUUUUUUUUUACCACACACACAAGCAGUAGGUUAACAGCUGGCCUUGUGCGUUUUAGGUGUGCUGACAGGUUGCGUAAUUUGUUUGUGGGAAAGCUGGCAGCCUUUGCUGGCUAACUUGUUAAACUUUAAUUUAAAACUAUUUUUGUCUAGCCUUAGGUGUUCAGCCUUAGGUGGUGUUGUGGAUAUCAUUUUAAAUAUUUAGCACAUUUCAUCACUCUUCUUCGGUUCCAUUUUAAUGCCAAGAGCAUAUGACGUGAUCGAGAGGUCACCCUUUACUGUAACUCAUAGACUGUGUAAGUGCUUGAUGCUCACACUCAUGAAUUUGGUAGGUUUAGAAAAGUAAGUAGAUAGAGUUAUGAAUUAAAGUUGCCAGCUGAAACUGCUGUAAGACAGUACUGUGAUCAAGGAGAGAAAAGCAGAGAGAAAGGGUCCCUCAGAGAGUCCCAUUGUGUCUUGAGGUGAGGUGAGCUGACCCCAACUACUUGCCAAUGCUGGAUCUGGAGGUGGUGCCUGAGAGAUCACUAGGAAAUGAGCUAUGGGAAUUUGCCUUAGGGAUGCCAUUGGCCCAGGCCAUCUCUAUUCUACAGAAACACUGCCGCAUCAUCAAAAAUGUCCAGGUGCUAUACAGUGAACAGACACCACUCAGCCAUGACCUCAUACUGAACUUGACUCAGGAUGGGAUUAAGCUGCUGUUUGAUGCCACGAAUCAGAGACUCAAGGUGAUUGAAGUGUAUGACCUGAGCAAAGUCAAGUUGAAAUACUGUGGAGUCCAUUUCAACUCUCAGGCCAUUGCCCCCACAAUAGAGCAAAUAGACCAGUCAUUUGGAGCUACGCACCCUGGAGUUUACAAUGCCGCAGAGCAGUUGUUCCAUCUCAAUUUUCGAGGACUGUCCUUCUCCUUCCAACUGGACUCUUGGAAUGAAGCUCCAAAAUAUGAGCCUAACUUUGCCCUGGGUUUGGCCUCCCUGCAGAUUCCACACGGGGCUAUGGUCAAGAGGAUGCACAUCUACACUGGCAACAACCUGCAGGAAACAAGAGCUCCGACAAUGCCACUGGCUUGUUUCCUUGGCAACAUCUAUGCAGAGUGUGUGGAUGUCCUUAGAGAUUCGGCAGGGCCUCUGGGGCUCAAACUUCGCCUUCUCACUGCAGGUUGUGGUCCUGGCGUAAUGACUGAUGCUAAAGUGAGGUCACUAGAGAGGAGCAUCUACUUUGGAGAUUCCUGUCAGGAUGUACUGGGUGCUCUAGGCUCACCACAUAAAGUGUUCUACAAGUCUGAGGACAAGAUGAAGAUCCAUUCUCCCUCACCUCACAAGCAGGUUCCUUCUAAAUGUAAUGACUACUUCUUCAACUACUUCACCCUCGGAGUGGAUAUCCUGUUUGACUCGACAACUCACCUGGUUAAGAAGUUUGUCCUCCAUACCAACUACCCUGGACAUUACAACUUCAAUAUAUAUCAUCGAUGUGACUUUAAGAUUCCACUAGUCAUCAAAAAAGAAGGAACUGAUUCUCAGACAGAGGACUGCAUCUUAACCACCUACAGUAAGUGGGAUCAGAUUCAGGAGCUGCUGGGUCACCCGAUGGAGAAACCUGUAGUACUGCACAGGUCCUCAUCCGCCAAUAACACCAACCCAUUCGGCUCUACCUUCUGUUUUGGACUGCAGAGGAUGAUAUUUGAGGUGAUGCAGAAUAACCACAUAGCAUCCGUGACCCUCUACGGUGCUCCACGGACCACCAGUCAAGCCCGACCUGAUUCCAGUAGUAGUUCCCACUGAACAAAUAACCAGAACCACAUCCCGUUUCCGGCCUUUCCCUAAUCUAGUACCUCUACUGACAGAACUUCUUACUCAGAGCCAGAUUCUUAACCGAGCAGACCUAACCCAGAAGAACAAAGUUAUUCUUGCCCAACCUCAGAUGCUAAACAUUGAUCAGAAACACAACAAGAACCCAAGAUAACUCAAAAACAACAAAUUCAGACCUGACAUUAAUCAACUUUUCCCAGUGGAUACUAAGAUUUAUUUUUCCAAUCAGACACAUCCAGCAAUCAUGGACACAUCCAACUCUGACGAUCCCAGGACUACCAGAAUCUAUUGACACAGUGGCAGUGCUGGAGCAUUGAUGCUUUGAAAUGAAACCAGUGAAAUUAUUUCUUGGUCGUGUGGGAAUAUCAUUGUAGAGCUUCAAAUGGACAUGGUGAACAAAUCUGCAUUCUGGUAGAACUCAGCUGUUUCCUGUCUCCAUCCUGUGACUGCAUCCACCCAGGACCACAGAAGAGAUUGUCCAGACUGUAGUUUGGACAGCAUGGUUCUACCAGUAAGAUGUACUGGCAGCCUAAACAGGACAAUAACCCCAUGACAUUGCGGUGGUGAAACAACAAGCAUUUGAAUUUAUGUGCUGCAAAUCUCUAAAUGCUUAACAUCAAAGAUAGAGUAGUGUAGUUAAUACGGCUGUACUGAAAACUACUGUGGCCAAAGUCUUGAAACAAACUCUGGCAUGACCUGCUGACUCUACUUCAACCAACCAGUACCGCCUGUCUUCCUGCCACAACUUCAGAACCAGACCCGACCAGCUCAGUCAAACCUGGACACGUCCAAACCGCAAGAACCAAAUCCGCCCAGCCCAACCAAGAGACAUCAGAGCCAAACACACUGAGUGCUGCAGAGGACUGUAACCAAAAACAGAAAAACAUGAGAAUCCAGAUUUCGUUGUACAAGAGACGAACCAAACACACUCAGGGUUUGGAGAAAGACUUGGCCCAGAACGUAACCCGCUCCCCAGCCGGGCCAAUCCAACAAGAUGUGAAGCUUCUUUAAGCAGAAUAAUCCAAACAUCCAACAUCACCUCCCCGAUUAUUGUCUCCCUCUUCAUCUUCCUACUCGUCCUUCAACUUUUUUCAUUGGUGCCCUAAAAAGAACACACACAAGCACACAUCACAGCAGUAAACACUCUAUUAACCCAAAACUGUUACUUACAGUUUUGGACGUUAGCGUCACACACACUCACAUAAAUGAAUGAAUCUGCGUGAGUUAGGUGGCUGAUUUUUAAAAUUUACAUUGCAAGACUUCAACACAAGCACACUUACACAGCAUUUCAGUCCCUUCACUUCUGUGUCCUAGUGUAUUUCUAAUACAUAAAAGAUGGCUCAUCUUUUUUAUCCUUUUAAAUGCUACUCAAAUAUAGAAACAUGCCGGCAUGACAAGAAUUUGCAUGAAUUUGGCAGAUGUUUUUGAAUGGGAAGAGACUUAUUACAAGCACAAACUGGCAACCUGUUGUGUUUAUUUGAUCGUGCAUGUUGUGAGGGUCAUACACUUGGCACACAGGUCCUUUAUUUCUCUCUGCCCUCUUUCACUCAUUCACACCUUGACCAUUUUCAUUAUGCUAUGUGUUUUUUUUUUUUUUUUUUAAACGUUUGCACUAAUACACACCUUUUUACUUGACUGGUUGAUUGUGCCCUAUGCCUAGAGAUUGGAGUUGUGGAGAAAUUUGAGAGGUGUGUGUGUGUGUGUGUGUGUGUGUGUGUGUGUGUGUGUGU